AUGGGAGACCCCGUGGAGCAGUGGCUGGAGGACUGCCUCACGCUGCCGGGCAAGCUGCAUCGGGCUUUGCGGCUCAUGGCGCACCUCGAACAGGAAGCUUCACGCAUUGAAACUCAGUUCCGCUCGCGGGAGAAGGAGUUCCUCCUGCGGUUGCGUCAGUCUCAGCAGCAGGGGACCGCCUGGCCAGCCGCAGAGCAGGAAGAAGAAAUCGUCGCGAUCAAGUUUCUGCACGCGAAAUGUCGGGCACUGCUGCGUGAGAAGGUGGCAGUCAACAAGCAGAUCGCCUCCUUCAUUCACUACGAGCAACAGCGCCUCGUGAAAGAGCGGGACAAACUGCUUCAUUCGAUGCAUGGCCUCGGUGCAGCCGCAACGCUGAAGGCCCACGGGGUAGCUGGCCAGGAACUCGGCGCCGUCACUGCCGCAGGACCGGGCGGGGUCCCGGGGGGACACCUCCCGGGGGUGGGUGCCCCCUCCGCGGUCGGAGGCACACCUGGUGCGGGCCCAUUGGGCGCCACCGGCACCCACGGCGGGACCGGGAGCGCCGGAGGCAGCACAGUGGGGCGGAGUGCUUUGCGGAGGCGAGCAGCCGAGAGGGGAGGCUCGAGCAUCCUCGGCACCGCAGGCGACGUCUCCUCAGGCUUGCCUGGAGACGGCGCGGGCGCCGACAGAGGUGGCGGCGCGGGCCUGGGGCUCGACGCGGACGGCAGUGGCUUCUACGUGAGGGGCGCGGAUCGCACCGCGCUUAACGGAGAUUAUCAGGCGCACCAGGAUCAGGGCGCAUCCGCCUCCCGACAUCCCUCCUCGCAGUCCAGCACCGUGACGGCAGGGCCGCAAGGCGCAGGCGGGCCUCCGCACGCGGCCUCUGGUGCGGACGCGAGGGGACAAGCUGGGCUCGCCGUCCCCGCGGCGCCCGCGGGCGUGCAUCAUCCGUCGGGCUCCAAGAGCAGCGGAGGUGGUCGGAGCCGCAACCAGCCUUCCCACGGCAGCCGGAGUCGCCACGACGGCAGCGGGUCGAAGGGGGGCGCGGCUGCAGGCCCGCUGGCUUCCUCAGGCUCGGCGUCGCCCGCGCCGUCCUACGGCUCGGGGCACCGGAUGGGGGCGUCGCCGGGGGCGUACUACCCGCCCGGCGGCGGGUCGGCUGACCCCGCGGGCCACGCAGGCGGAGGUGCGUCGUCUGGGAGCGGCGCAGGGGUUCCCGGCGGGGCGGGCGCGACGACGCGCAGCGGCGGACAGAGCGAAAGCGCAGACGCCUGGGAAGGCAUUUGUCCCGUCUGCCACAAAGGCGAGAGCUCCGAGUGCAACAACAUGGUCGCCUGCGACGCAUGCAAUCAAUGGUUUCACUUCGAGUGUGUGGGAUACUCAGCGGAGACCCAGGAAGACGACGCCUGGUUCUGCCCGCAGUGCUACCAGCAUGGGCUGGUGCCCUAA